GAGUAGGGAUAGUUCGUUUUGGAAUUUGGAUUUUUCAUAUUGUUGGAUACUUUUCCGUGUUAGGAAGGAGAUCAAAUCCUUUUGCACGAAUUUUUUAAUUACUUCAGUAAGUAAACCAUGGCUGAUUGUAACUGGACAUCCGAGGGGAGUUACGCCUCUGGGAAACUCUCACCAUUGCCACCUUUAGUGAUAUGGACCAGCAGAAGGUCAGUUGAGUGUCCUCCGCCGCCGAAUACACCAUCCUAUGGUACACCUUAUCCAGCUCUUCACCGCGCACACUCCUUUAGUGGGGAUCAAGUAGCGACCUCAGAAGCCUCCUCGGCCUAUUGUACACUUCAGCAUACCUCCUUCAGUCCUUGGAACAUACCAUCAGUUGCCACCAAUUUACCGCUAGUUCAUCCACCGCCGGACCUAACAGACCGCGCAAGGGACCAUCGACUAGAGUGCCGAAGGAAGCAAGAUACAAAUCCUGCUGAGCUUUCAGCAACAGUUGUCGAAAAUCCAUGCUCGUUUCCCAUGACAUCGGGAAUGGAAAUUGGACAAAGAUCGCGAGACAGCGAUAACCAAACUGUGAACUAUCCAAUCUCAGUUUUAGAUCACUACACAGUACACGGGCACGUAGAGUAUGACUCGGAAGUACACAAUUACUCAAGCACGUCUUCCGAAGUAGAUCUUCAAAAUAUCAGACAUGUUCCAGUAUCUCAUCGAGUGCCUAGCGUGCCUGAGGAUGCCAAACAUCAUGAUCAUCAAAAUCUCAAGGAACAGCAUACAUCCGCGACGUAUUCCUCUGAAGACACUCAACUUCUAGCGGACUUUCCUCAAGAUCAUACGUCGCUCAGCCAGAAACCUUGGUUGUCACUUGAUCGCCAGCACGAUAUGCGUGAUCGUGCACAUUCACAAUCUGGAAAAGGGCCGCAUAAAUGUAAGUAUUGCAAAAAAUCAUUUUCUACUCAAUCCCGUCUAACAUCUCAUGAAUGUGUACAGCCAAAAAAGAAAACUUUCAAAUGUAAAGUGUGUGAUAAAACCUUCAGUAGGCAAUUUGAUCUUGUUCGUCAUGGACGAGUUCACUCAGGAGAGAAACCGUUUACGUGUAAGUACUGCGCUAAAUCAUUCUGUGCGAAAUCGAGCUGUACUGUUCACGAACGCAUCCAUACCGGGAAGAGGCCGUUUAAGUGUGAUCAUUGUGACCAAGGGUUUUGCAACAGUUCCAAUCUUAGACGUCAUAAACGCACACACACUGGAGAAAAGCCAUUCAAGUGUAAUGUAUGUGUAAAGUCUUUCUCUUGGAAAUCCAGUUUAAAAGAACAUGAAAGACUCCAUCCCUGAGAGAAACUGAUCAAGGAUUGUCACAAGUCUUUUAAUUAAAAGACACUUAGAAGACCAUGCAAACACUAAAACAAUAACACAACAGUCUACUUUUCAAGAUAAUGGAAGAUAUUCAUUAUAGAAUCGUUUUGAAAUGCAAGAUGCCCAAUCUGAACUCCAUGCAAAAGCCUCCGAUUGAAUGCUGACUUCUAAAUUUGAAGCAUCACAAAAUUAUCUUUGUCAUUGUGUUUAAGUUGAUAUAAUUAUUGUACAGUCACUACCCAUGUUACUCAAUGAACGUCUUACACGUAUUUCCAUAGGCAAUGUUCAUAAAAACGUCAGUUUCGGUGAACAUGCGGCUCAUUUUUUAUAAAAUCAGUACUUCUUUGUGUGUCUUUAUUCUUAUGCCGGAUAUAGAUACUUUCCCUAGAAGAGACGCUGUGCUGUUUUGAAGUUCGCACAUGUUCCAAAAAUAAUAUGUGUGGUACUUUUUUCUGUAUGUACCUUUAGUCCCUUUUGCAUCGUUAUAGUCCUUUUCUAGUCCCUUUCACAACUCUUAAAAUGUUCAAAAACUAAAUCAAUAAUCAUUUGCUCGUGGAAAAAAAUGACUUACUGGCAGGACUCGAACCUGUCACAAUCGUUCACGCCCAGCAAUGCUCCACAGCUAACCAUUCUACCACUUGUGAUCGUCCAAGCAGCGACCGUUCAACGUUUUCCUCAGACCUAUAAUCUCUGGCUUCCUGUGAAUCCACACAAGCUGGUGGGAUUCUAGGAACGUACAUGACGUGUAAUGAUUUAACUGUAGUGUUUUUAGUUACUGUCAAACUCACGGAUUCCAGUUACCUAUUGUCAGCCGUUAUCAGUUAGCUGCACCACAAUUGACGAGGUGUGAAUCACUAUCAGUGUUUAGAACUGGGCAAGGUGCAAUCGAUUAUGUAACAUAUACGUCGCACUACCUAUAUCAUAUUAAGAGACGAUAUAAAUCAUGCCUCUA